AUAUCUGACUUUUUUUCUAAUUGAGAGAUCCAUUUAGAAGACAUAUUUAAAACUCCAAAAAAAUAUUUUUCACUCAGGCUUCAUGGUUGUGGAAAACAUGGCAGCAGGUGAUUUUUUAUCUCACCUCUCUCGCUCACUCUCUCUCUCGUGUUCUCUCUCUCUCUCUCUCUCUUGAAGGAUCUUUAACCUCUCCUCCUCCCACACAGAUCUUCCAGGCGCUUUCCUCUGCCUGGAGGCUUCGUGGACUCAAACUGCUAGUAAAAUAUUAAUAAAAAUGAUUUUUUUUUUCUUAAAAAAGGGAGAUAACAGUGAGAAUGAUGGAGUGGAGAUACAGUGAGUGGGCAACACUAGUUCAUUAUCAGCUGCGUGGUGGAGAGAGGAGCAUAUGCACAGUGGCGGACACAGUGAGGAGCAUUCUCGGCACACAGAGUCUCCCAUGAGACCCGUCUCCUGGACCAGGUGCUGGAGCUGAUAAUGAACGAGAAAACGCCGGCGAGUACGAGUCUUUUCCUGAACGAGGACUCGGACAACCCCCCCUUAUCUGACAGAGGAGACAUCAGGAGGCGCUUACACAGUGAGAUGGAGAGGAGAGCCGACAGUCUGAAGGAGAGGAUGAAUGCCCUCGGCUUUACCAGCGUAAAAGGUUUCAUCAAGGGAAACCUGUUUGUCCUGUUCACGACCGCCGCUGUGGCUGUGGGUAUAAUACUGGGCUUUGGCCUUCGCUCUUACAACCUGUCCCUGAGGGAGAUUAAGUACUUUUCCUUUCCUGGGGAGCUCCUAAUGAGAAUGCUCAAGAUGGUGGUGAUGCCUCUCAUCGUCUCCAGUCUAGUGACAGGUAUUGCUUCCUUGGACAGCAGGGCAUCAGGUAAAAUGGGCGUGCGUGCGCUGGUCUACUACAUGUUGACCACGCUGAUCGCUGUGUUCAUUGGCAUUUUCAUUGUCAUGCUUAUUCAGCCGGGGAAAGGCGGCAGAGACAGUCCUAUGACCAGUGGAAGCGUCGAGACUGUUCAGGCGCUCGACGCCUUUCUGGAUCUCAUCAGGAAUAUGUUUCCCCCCAAUUUGGUCGAGGCUUGUUUCAAGCAGUAUAAAACUGCUUACAAAAAGGUUGUUCGUACAAGGACAGUGACUGUGACUCAGAACUUCACCAACUCUGUCAACGUGACAGAUUCCAAUAGCAGCGUGCUGCACACCGUACAGGAGACAGUGGAGGAGACAGUCCCCGUGGCAGACUCCUCCAGUGGACUGAACGCUCUUGGUCUCGUGGUCUUCUCCAUGUGCUUCGGUCUGGUGAUAGGGAACAUGAAGCAGAAAGGUCAGGCUGUCAGAGACUUCUUUGACUCCCUGAAUGAAGCCAUCAUGAGGCUGGUGGCCAUCAUCAUCUGGUACGCUCCAGUGGGCAUCAUGUUCCUGAUUGCAGGGAAGAUUAUAGAGAUGAACAAUCUGGCAGAGGUGGGCGGUCAGUUGGGAAUGUACACCGUUUCAGUCAUCGUGGGUCUCUUCAUCCACGGCCUCGUUGUCCUGCCGUUGCUUUACUUCAUUGUGACCAGAAAGAAUCCGUAUCGCUUCAUAGGCGGUCUGCUGCAGGCACUCUUCACUGCCCUGGGAACCUCAUCUAGCUCUGCAACGCUGCCCAUCACCUUCCGCUGUUUGGAGGAGAACAACCAUGUGGAUAAAAGAGUGACUCGCUUCAUUCUCCCCGUGGGCGCCACCAUCAACAUGGAUGGCACGGCCCUCUAUGAGGCUGUAGCGGCCAUCUUUAUCGCUCAAGUCAACAGCAUGGACCUAGACUUUGGCCAAAUUCUCACCGUGAGUAUCACAGCAACUGCUGCCAGCAUCGGAGCAGCAGGCAUCCCUCAGGCUGGCCUGGUUACCAUGGUGAUUGUAUUGACAUCGGUGGGACUGCCCACAGAGGACAUAGCACUGAUCGUCGCUGUGGAUUGGUUCUUGGACCGCUUGCGCACGACCAUCAAUGUGCUGGGCGACUCGCUCGGUGCAGGCAUCGUGGAGCACCUUUCCCGCGAAGAACUACAAAGUCAGGACACUGACGUGGGCAACUCUGUCAUCAUGGAGGACGAUCGGCCCUACCAGAUUAUCAGCCAGGACAACGACACUCUGAAUCACCACAACAGCGAAACCACAAUGUGAAACAAUGAACCACACACUCAUUUUAGUUAGAAGUCUGGCUUACAGUUGUGCAGCAGCUACAGUAUGUGCUUGAGAUCCUCACAAUGUCCUAAACUUCCAUCUUACUCUCAAAUCCAAAAAAGUGUGAGGUCUGGCCCUCUGGCUGUUUGGUGACAGGAAAUACAAGUGCACAUGCUGUGUAGGAAAGGUUGCAUGUUCACUAUCUGACUUAACUCCAGUUAUAGUUUGUGUUUUGUUGUGCAAAACUGUUUUUUUUACAAAGUUCAAUAUAUCAUUUAAGAGCUGAAAGACAUUUCCAGUUCAUGUUCAAGUUUUGCGUGACGUAUGAUUUCCACACUCAGACAGCAAUGAAACCUACCACCAGCGUCAGUAUUCGAAAACACUGUAUCAUUAGAAUGAAAGCCACAGCAUUUCCAAUAUACUCAACCUUAAAUACCACAAAUAAUCAACAAACACAUACAUAGUCUUAGAAUUUAACUUUAUGUGUACUUAACACAGAACUAUGGUGAGGAGAAACUUUGCUACUUACUUGGGUCGGUGUUUUGAAAGUGACUCAGUAGCAUGAUUUACAGCCAUUGCUUUCUUAGAAAUAGUAUACACACUGUCUGAGUAUUUUGUGUAUUUCUUCAGUGAUGUUGCUAUUACUCCAAGUGAUUUUUUUUGGAGUAAUACUGUAUUUGGUCUUAAACGUUUGUUUUCUUAGUUUUUUCCCACUCAAAUCUUCAGUAUCUAUUGUUUCAACAGUUAAAGGGUCAUAUCAUACCAAAACACUUUGGUUUGAUUUUCUUUUUUCUCUAAGGUUUUGGAUAUGUUUAAUGUCUGAUUAGAUUUCUUUUUUUAAAACUAUUUUAGUUUGAAUUUGCACCUGAAAAGUCUCUGUUUUCUGCAUUGUACUUAAAACUGAGCAUGCAAUUUGAAUAGGGGUGUUAAAUUGGAAUAUCAUAUUAUAGGUUAAUCACUGGGUGUUUUUGUAAACGUACUGUGAAGAAGGUUUGUGAUCGCUUUGAGGAAUUUGAAUGUUCAGUUGCUUUAUGCUUUUUAUUGUUGGCUGAGGACAGUGUAACACGUCAUUAGUGAGAGUGAGAGUGAAACGCUAUAUACAUUACCAUUAAAUUAAAGGUUCUGAUUACUUUGUGCCACAUUUGUGCUCAUGAGGAGGUUUUCACGUCAGUUUUGAUGCUUGUUGUGAUUUCAGUUAAAAUGUAAUUUCUCAUACAAGAAGAGCAGCUCAACAUUUUUUGAUGGGCCGCUUAUGAAAAAUGGGAGAAAUAAAUGGCUCAGGAAUAGAACUGUGAUUAUCAUUAUUGUGUUUGUGGCUACCCCUGGUGGAGGAUGUUCUCCUGGCCCAAAACCCUGCUCCUCUGAGAAAUUAUAUUUCUCUUAUUACUUAACCCUAACGUUCAAUUUAAAUGUCAAAAGUUUAUGUUGUUGUCGUAAUGCCUUAAGACUGCAAGUCAUUUCAAAAUUAUCGUUAAAAUGAACGUUACUUCAAAACAGAAUUGCAAGAGUGAGAAUUCACACUGACAAUAACACGUGUUUACAAUAAAAAAAUAAAUAAAAUGAAGUACACCCUUUGCUGACCUAAAAUGUAGGUGUGUCAUAAGUCAGUGGCAAUGUGGGUUGUCCUCCAAAUGUUGGGUUGGUUGUGUCCACUCAACACCUAACCCCACAUUGCCUCUGAUUGCUGUGCCAGCAGCAUGUGACUGGGUGACAGAUGUGUGAGAGGAAAAGUGCUGAAUGUGCAAGUAAAUGUGUGAAUAGCAACACUGUAGUGUAAGGCACUACACUUGAAAGUUGUAAAGUGUAAUCCUUAAUACGUUUGUUAUUAUCAAUGUGAUUUUCUUUUUUAAUGAUUUUGUAUGAUUAGUAUAAUUAGUAUAAGUGCAUGACAUCACGUUUCCACCGCAGUUGUCAAACUAUCUCAUUACCUCGCACUACCUCAGAUGUGCUCGCCGCUCAGAGCAGCAAAGAUCAUUACAUUAAAGUGCAGAGCAUAA